GCGACAGAAAACAUGGCAGCGCUCUUGAGAUCAGCCCGCUUACUCAAGUUUUCGCCUUCGGGCUUGCUUCAGAUCACAGGACCCAAAAGAAGCGGACCACCGCUCGGUCGGCUGUACAGCGGAGCUGUUGGCGGCAGAAGAGCCGGAGUUUGUUCCCGACAGAUCAGCCGUGUUGGUGAAAACGCGUCCAGCCGUGUGUGGCCGUAUGCAGUGGGGGGUGUGCGUAACUAUGGUGCAGCCACCGAGCGGAGGGACGAAGUCAGCGUGGCGGUGCAGUCCAAGCAGGCGAAUCAGUUUGACUGGGCCCUGGCCAAGCUGGACCACUCCGUGAAGAGGACCGGUCGCGUCACCAAGACACUGCUGCUCCGCAUCUUCCAUGAUAUCUGCAGGACAGGUUAUCCCAGCAGUAACCAGGCCUUGUUGCUUCUGCGUAGCUGUGGGUCCCUGCUGCCUGAGAUGCCGCUGAACGAACGCACUGAGCUGGCGCAUCAUGUUUGGGGGAAGCUGCAGGAGCUCCGUGCACAGUAUGAUGUUAGUCACUACAACGCCUUGCUGAAGGUUUACCUGCAGAACGAGUUCGAGUUCUCCCCCACCGACUUCCUGGCCAAGAUGGAAGCAGCUGACAUCCUGCCCAACAGAGUCACCUACCAGAGGCUCAUUACAGCUUACUGCCAGAAGGGAGAUAUUGAAGGAGCCAGCACCAUACUGGGUUUCAUGAAGAGCAAAGAUUUACCCAUCACCGAGGCUGUGUUCAGCUCCCUGGUGACAGGCCAUGCCCGCACAGGCGACAUGGAGAGCGCUAAGAACAUCCUGCCUGUGAUGCAGCAAGCAGGAAUCGAACCGGGUCCUGAUACUUAUGUGUCGCUGCUGAUGGCGUACGCCGAGAGGGGAGACAUUGACAGUAUAAAACAGACUCUGGAGGCAGCAGAGAAUGCAGACUGCAGACUGAUGGACAGAGACAUCAUGCAAGUCAUCUUCGUUCUGGCCAAGUCCGGAUACCAUGAGCACAUCCCUGAGAUGAUUGAAUGUUUGAAGCACGAGAGGGGCUACGUACCAGAUGCCAUGAACUUGUGUCUGAGCCUCAUCACUCAGGGCCAGGAGGACACAGCUUUUCUCAUCCUGAAGACCCUCCCUGUGGCGCAGUUCGAAAACUUAGGUGACGCCGAACUGGGCAACUUCUUCUUGAGACACCUCGUCAACAGGGACACGUCAUUGGAGAAGAUCUCUCGCUACUGCAAAGAGCUCCAGGAGUCCAGUCUGCACUCAACACCGCUCACAUUCUCUCUGUAUUGUGCCCUGGAGGCCAAGAAGACUGAUACAUGUUUAGAGCUGAUGAAGUUGGUCAAGGCGGAGGGCUUACCUCUAAGGCCUCACUACUUCUGGCCGCUCCUCGUUGAAUACGGGAAAAACCAAAACACAACAGGCGUGCUGGAGAUAAUAAAGGCCAUGCAAGGCUUGGGCGUCUCAUUGGACCUCGCGACUUUAUCCAACCACGUCAUGCCCCUCUUCUCCAGCGCAGAGGCAGCUCAACAGGCCUUCAAGGCUUUCGGCAUCACCACGAAAUCCGGGGGCUUCGUGUGCUCAGGGAUCCGCUUGUUGGCUGGGACCAACCUGGCCGAACUGUACACCCUCAUAUCAGAUCCCUCCUUCCCUCCGUUGGACAUCCAGGUUUUCUGCAACAGCCUCCUCACAGGUUUCAAAAAGUUCAAUGAUAUGGACUCCAUGGUGAAGAUUGUUGUGCUCUUAUACAACGAUGGGCGCUUCACCAGACGCGGCGUCAACACUACCGACGCUGCAGGCUUCUUCUUGUACAAUCUGAUAGACAGCAUGUCGGAGAAGCAGCUGAAGGCACAGGAAAAGAAUCUGCGGAGUUUCUUCAAGCAGCUACACACUCAGAAUAUUACCAUUUCCCAGAACAUCUACAGAGGCAUUAAGAACCUCCUGGAGCUGUACAACACCCCCGAGCUCCUCAAGAAUGUGAAUGCUUUGAAAAGAUCCGAGGAGAGAACGUCCAUCUCCCCUGCUGUAGAGCUUCGUGAAGCCACUGACAACGGGGCUAUGGUGUUGGUACUGGAGAACAGAUUAGCUGAACUGAAAGCAGAGAAAAAGCCAGUGAGCCCUACUCUCAAACAAGCCAUCAACGCUCUGUGUGCUGAGGAGAACCUGCAGCGUGCCCUUAAGCUGAAGCAGCAGUACGAAGAGGACAUGACACCCAGCAUCUACGCCCUACUCAUCAACCUGUGCUGUCGCCUCAAAAAUGCAGACGAGGCGCUCAACCUGAAGAGGGAAUUGAACCGUAAGGACUCAUCCGCCGCACUAGAUGGCAGAAAGUACGUCACACUGGUCAGGACCCUCUCCCUAAAUGGCAAAGUGGAGGAGGCUGUGGACAUCCUGAAGGAGAUGAAAGAGAAGGACGUGGUGAUGAAGGACCCUAACAUCACCGGGCUUUUCCACACGUUCUGUGCCGUAGCGGACACGGGCGACGUCGACGCCGUCCAGCGGCUGCAGGACACCGCCUUCACCCUCGGCCUGAUCAAGCCCAGCGCCAAUCUCUGCUCACCUGCCAUUAGCGCGUACCUGAAACGUGACGACUUGGCCGGAGCUCUCGAAGCGGUGCAGCAGUGCUACAAGCGUUACAAGCACCUGCCUCGCAUGCACGACAUCCUUGUUGGGCUGGUGGAGAUAGGAGACACCGAAUCACUGCAGAAAGCCAUGGACUUUAUGAGUCACGAGCGAGGAGAGAUGAUUAUGCUGUACGAUCUGUUCUUUGCAUUCCUGCAGGCCGGCCGCUAUCGUGAGGCUCGUAAGAUCAUGGAGACCCCUGGAAUGAGGGCAAAGCCUACACGCAUGCAGUGGUAUGCAGAGAAAUGCAUUUCCACUAACCAGAUGGAAACCUUGGAGCAGAUGGUCGACAUGACGGCGAAGCUGUUUGAUUGCGACAGAGACGACAUGUACGGCUACAUCCUGCAGCUCUGCAAGAAGACAAACAACUGGCAGAAGGCAGAAGCCAUGUGGACGAAGAUGCAGGAGGAGAACUUCAUUCCCCAGGAGAGGACCCUUCGUUUAGUGGCAGACAUCCUGAGGAAGAACGGCCAGAAUGUGCCCUUUGAGGUGCCUGAGACCUGGUACGAUCCAGCUAAGACCCCACAGCUCGUCAAGCUAGCAGCAGAAGCAGCAGCAGAAGCAGCAGCAGCAGCACCACCACCACCACCAACAGCAGAAAAAACAGCAGCAGCAGCCCCCGUCAGAGACAACUAUGACCCCAAUCUGUUUGCCCUCUGUAAGAAGGGCAAUGUUGAGGAAGCUUAUGCGCUGGUAAAGAAAGCUGAUGAACAGGGCCUGUCACUACGUCCCGGUUCUUAUGACUGCGUCCUGCGGGCCCUGUUGGCCAGGGGAUCCGAUGAGGAUGCCAUGGUAGUCAAGGACAUUGCCAGGUCCCAUUUGCCAAACUUCCAGCUGAGUGAAAACGCCAACAACAUGUACAUCAUCACACUCUGCAAGAAAGGCCAGAUCGAAGGAGGCCUUGAGACACUGAAAUCUAUGCUUCAGUCGGACCAAGUGCCCUCGUUUCAUGCCAUCACCAAACUGGUUCAGGCCCUGGGUGCUCAAGGUGACGUGGAAAGGAUCCAGUAUGUGGAAUCACAAGUUAAGAUCCUUGGCAUAGCAACCAAACUGUCCAGCAUGCUGUUUCCCAACAACACAGCCUUGGCACACAUUAAAAAUGGUGAUGUGGAAUCAGCAGUAGAGUUGUUGGAGGGCCUCUACACCGAUCCACAUACCAUCAAGUCCAGUAUGUCCUUCCUCUUCAGAAAGGUCUUGCAAAGUGACGAUGACAACGCCUUAGACAAGUUGAGUGCUAUGGCAGAGCGACUGGCCAACCACUUUGCCUGCUACAUACCAGCUACAGACCUCUUCCUCCAGCUGCUGGAGAUGGGCAAAGUCGAAGAAGCCAAAUUCAUGCUGGCUCGCUGCAAUGCUGUGGCUGAACAGAAGACAGUGUUGCUGUCCUACGUGACUGAGAAGGCUCAGAUGCCUGGACAGCUGGACAAGAUCAAGACCCUGGUGAGCCUGAUUCCAGACGCCAUUGAGAAGGAGGUGUUGUACUCGUACACAAUGAAAUGUCACGACUUGGAUAAGGACUUCACGUCAGCCAAGGCUUUGUAUAAGGAGAUGAUGGAGGAGGGGAUAGCUGCAGACGAGCUGUUCCUCAAACGGCUGGCUGCGCUUUACCGUAACGCAGGAGAGACACCGCCCUUCAUUGAGCCCCCCGAGUCCUUUAAGUUUUAUGCAAACAAGCUGAGAGAGAGCAGAGCCAAAGCCCAGGCGACAGCAGAGGAAUAAAUAUUCAUCAACCCCUCCUCAUACCUCGUUGCAAAUCCCACUGUUUUCUUCCUUUUAUCGUUUUCUUUUUUACUUUAGUUGUUUAAGUUGAAAUGUUGAGCAUUGUGUCGUAAAGGUUGGAUACUAAGAUUCUGUCCACGAUGGUGAUGAUGAUGAUGAUGAUGAUGAUGAAGAAAAUGUGUGAAUGUACAGAAGUAUUUAUGCUAAUAAAUGAUGGUAGGAAGUCAUA